UCCUCGCUUCCGGCACCACUACUGACGUCAUCUUCUCUUCAGAUAUAGAUCUGUUUCAGUACAGUCCGCCAAGUGAGAUCACAGGGCGCUCUAUCCUCUACUCUAUGGUGCCGUACACCUUCAUAAAGGUGUGCUAAGAUGGCGGAGACGGAGAUAAGGAAUGACAGUCAUGGAGAUGUUAAUAUUACGCUUCUUACAACUCUGGCGAUUACAAAGAUGGUUCUUCCCACCCCAGCCAAGCCCAUCAUCCCUGUGCAGACAGGGGUGCAAGCACAGCAGGAGGAACAGUCUAGCGGCAUGUCCAUCUUCUUCAGUCUCCUUGUACUCGCGAUUUGUAUCAUAUUGGUUCAUCUGCUCAUCAAAUACAGGCUGCACUUCCUGCCCGAGAGCGUUGCUGUGGUCUCACUGGGAAUCUUGAUGGGUGCUGUGAUCAAAAUCAUCGAGUUUCAGAAACUGGCGAACUGGAAGGAGGAGGAGAUGUUUCGGCCUAACAUGUUUUUUCUGCUGUUGCUGCCGCCCAUCAUCUUUGAGUCAGGUUACUCUUUACAUAAGGGGAACUUCUUCCAGAACAUUGGCUCUAUAACCCUCUUUGCUGUAUUUGGGACAGCGAUCUCGGCCUUCAUCGUGGGCGGUGGCAUCUUCUUCCUGGGACAGGCUGAUGUGAUUUACAAGCUGACGAUGACUGACAGCUUUGCCUUCGGGUCCUUGAUCUCUGCUGUGGAUCCUGUUGCAACAAUCGCCAUUUUUAACGCCUUAAAUGUGGAUCCCGUGCUGAACAUGCUGGUAUUUGGGGAAAGUAUCCUGAAUGAUGCUGUCUCUAUCGUCUUAACCAACACAGCAGAAGGACUGAACAGAGGCCAUGUUUCGGAUGUGAAUGGGUGGCAGACCUUCCUCCAGGCCUUGGCUUACUUCCUGAAGAUGUUCUUUGGUUCUGCAGCUCUUGGGACACUGACCGGUCUUAUUUCUGCAUUAGUAUUGAAGCAUCUUGACCUACGCAAGACUCCAUCCCUGGAGUUUGGAAUGAUGAUAAUUUUUGCCUAUCUUCCCUAUGGAUUGUCUGAGGGUAUUUCUUUAUCAGGCAUUAUGGCCAUUCUGUUCUCAGGGAUUGUGAUGUCUCAUUACACUCACCACAAUUUGUCCCCGGUUACUCAGAUUCUCAUGCAGCAAACAUUGAGGACAGUGGCCUUCCUGUGUGAAACCUGCGUUUUUGCUUUUCUCGGCCUGUCAAUUUUCAGUUUUCCGCACAAGUUUGAGAUGUCCUUUGUGAUUUGGUGUAUUGUGCUGGUGCUCCUGGGUCGUGCCAUUAAUAUUUUCCCCUUGACCUAUCUACUCAAUUUCUUCAGAGAUCACAAGAUCACCCCGAAGAUGAUGUUCAUCAUGUGGUUUAGUGGUUUACGAGGAGCCAUCCCAUAUGCCCUGAGUCUUCACUUGGAGCUGGAGCCAAUGGAGAAGCGCCAGCUUAUCGGCACCACUACGAUAAUCAUUGUGCUCUUCACUAUUUUGCUGAUGGGUGGAGGCACCAUGCCACUUAUCCGACUUAUAGACAUCGAGGACUCCAAAUCUCGGAAAAAAAGCAAGAAAGACAUCAAUCUGAGCAAAACUGAGAAAAUGGGGAAUACGGUGGAAUCUGAGCACCUGUCGGAGCUGACAGAGGAGGAAUAUGAAGCACAUUACAUCAAGCAGCACAAUCUGAAGGGUUUCAUGUGGUUAGACGCCAAAUACUUGAAUCCUUUCUUCACACGGCGGCUGACACAGGAGGAUCUUCAUCAUGGGCGCAUACAGAUGAAAAGCCUAACAAACAAGUGGUAUGAGGAGGUGCGCCAGGGGCCCUCUGGAUCUGAGGAUGAAGAUGAGCAGGAGCUCUUACAACAGGCAUUAUAGACUUCAGAUAUAAGUGGUGGUGUACGCUAAGGUCUGCUCCACUGUAUGCAUUCCACCCCUCUCUCUGGCUUUGAACACCUUGAACCUCCCUCAUCUGGCAGUGAGAUCAUGUGAUGCCCUGGCAGGGUGGCUGGGCCCUCACAGAGCACUCUGAAUGUCCUCUCACUGCAUUCUGCAAUUUCAGAUAGAUUGUAAAAGGGAGAACAAGAAAUUCUACAGAUUUUCAGCAAAAGUGGAGGUGCAGCCAAUCGUAAUGUGAUUGUUGGAGUAGUUACCUAACUGGUUGAUCUGCCCUUUUGACCAGUGUUGUAUAACAACCUGGUUAUUGUUGGCUUCUUGUCAUUGUCCAUAAUGCUUUAGUCUCCUUUUCAGUGCAUAGCUGCUGCCCCCAAGUGCCAAAUCAGGCUUAAUAGGUUUAAUUUGGGCCACAGUAUCUCCUCAUGUGUGGCCCUGCCUGUGUACAAACCUCCCUACCACUUACCCCCGGACAGACACUGUCCCCUCUAUGCAGCUGCUUUAUUGAAGUUCAGUAGCGACCUUACAUGAUGUACGGAGCAUCUGACUGCCUGCUGCAGGGUGGCUAAGGAUGAUGGCUGCUUACUUUAUCUCUUCUCACUGUCAGCACUUUAUAGCGGUGUAUAUGAAGUGAUGUCACCAUCUCAUGUUUACAGGGUAUUUACAACUCCCAGCUUUUCAAGUUUUGGAGGAACAAGGGACUGGGUGAUUUUUCUGAUGUUGGGUGAUGGGAUGUAACUGUCCUAAAAGUAAUGUUAUUUAUCUUAUUCAUGAAGGGAAAUCUUGUCUGUUCAAUUUUUGUCACCGUAAAAAUAAAUUAUUUUCACAUCA